AUCAAGUCCUAACACACUCUCACAGUCUCACAUACAAAACAAAUCUUCUAAGUAUUAUUUUUCUCCUCUGCUUUUCACAAGCUUAUAAACACUCCCGUUAGAUAAAAGUCCAAGCAUAUAUGAAUAAUUUUCUAUCAUACUCGGAUCAAGCCAUCUCUGAGUAUCAAUAUACCAGCUCACCUCAAUCUACCGAAUCCUCAUCCACCCCGAAAAGCAUUACCAAUUGCAACGACAUUGAGUCCCCUGCUCACAUUUCACAUGAAGUUUUGCUAGCCUCAAAAAAUCCGAAGAAACGCUCCGGAAGGAAGAAAUUUAAGGAGACGCGCCACCCUGUUUACAGAGGAAUCAGGUGUAGAAAUUCAGGCAAGUGGGUUUGCGAGGUCAGGGAGCCUGUCAACAACUCUCGAAUUUGGCUAGGAACCUAUCCCACCGCUGAAAUGGCAGCUCGAGCUAAUGAUGUUGCAGCCAUGGCGCUUAGAGGUCGCAAUGCCUGUCUUAAUUUCGCAGACUCUGUAUGGAGGCUGCCAAUUCCUGCUUCCAACGAUGUUAAAGACAUUCAAAUAGCUGCGGCCAAGGCAGCAGAGGUCUUUAGGCCACAGAAAAUUGACAAGGCAAUAGAAUCGAGUUCGGUGAAGGCAUUCGUAUUUGAAGAAAAUGAUGAGGUGGUAUUCAUGGAUGAAGAAUUGCUAUUUGGAAUGCCUCAAUUCAUUAACAACAUGGCACAGGGCAUGUUGCUUCCUCCUCCACUAUAUCUACAAAGUGAUAGAUGUUACGGGGACGAUGACUCAGAAGAUGCUACUGAUAUGUCUUUGUGGUGUCAAACAUUUUGAUAAGAGAUUUUACAUCUUGUGAUCACCAUGUAUGCAACUGCAGAAAUUACAGAACAGGGGAAUCCCGUUUUUUUUGUUAAUCAUGCCUUAGAAAUGCCGAAUUGAGUUAGUGCAACUUGAGAAUUUGGUACGCGGACGGUUAAUUGCAUUUCCAGAGAAUAUCUGAGCCUCCGUUGAAGGCUGAAUCGCGUGGAGGUACUGACGGAUCAACCAUUAAAAAGAGUCCUAAGUUAGCAACACCAAAUCAUGAGGCUGUUGGUCUCCGCUUAUUAUCUAGAGUUUGGUAGAGUUAACAAAGUUCUCAACGAGAAACAAGCCAUAAGGACUGAAAUAUUGGUAGAAGUAGUUUAGUGUGUUUCCAGUGAACCUUUAGAGAAGAAAUUAGAACAGGAAUUAAAAGCUAAAUACGUCUAUGUUCUGGAAAAAAGAAGAACAAUAAAUUCUUGCGAGUCCAUUAGAUUCCAAUAUUUAGCAAGCAAUUCAUCCCAGUGUUAUUAAUUUGAUUCACACAUUAGUUUUGUUAUUAAUUUGAUUCCA